AUGGGGGGUGAACGGGUUGUUACCGAAAAACCAACUCCAGAAGGAGGAAUACACGAAGUUAAUGGCAUAGACCGCGUCAAUGCUAAACUGGAACCCCUGGGCACACUAAUGCUGAUUGUCAUAACACCAGCAGCUACCAUAGCUGUAGUAACACCAAACUGUGAAUUGUGUGGAACCCAUGGGCACAAUAAUAUUGAUUGUAAGUUAUUUCCUGGUAUUCCUAGCGACCAAGUAAAUUACACUCAAGGAAACCCAUAUUCCAACACUUAUAAUCUUGGCUGGAGAAAUCAUUCGAACUUUUCUUAUAAAAACAACAAUGCUUGGUUUCCUCCAAACCCAACACUUUCUAUUCCACCUGGUUAUCAGAAAGGAGCCCUUGUUGCUCCAUAA